AUGGACCAAAGCGAAGAAGUACCUAAAGAUAUGUGUGACGUGAUAGCAAGGGCUGUUGAAAGUAAAAAGAAUUUCUGCUCCAAGCCGGUGGGAGACCUUCGGUUGAGCAUGUCCUCAUACAAGUUCUUUCAUUUAGAAGGCAUAUCGCUUGCCGAUGGGAUAGAUGCCGUCAUGGGAACUCUUGUCCGGGAUUCCAGAUUCAAUCUUCUUGGAGUAAAUCCGGAAGCACUGAGGUUGUUUUUUUCAUUUUCUUUUCUCCAUGUGCUUCCCCAGAGGUACCACAAUCUCGAUCACCUGAUAAACACAUUAUGCUUUGGAGACUUUAUUCUUCGAAGGUUGGAGAAUGUAUCCUGCUUGCCAAUACUGGAUAAAAUGUGUCUGGUGAUAGCAUUGAGUCUGCACGAUGUAGGGCAUCCUGGGGAAAGAAACAGAAAGAAGAUCGCAAGGCUAUCUAAAAUGUAUGGAAAUCCUGAGGCAAUGUCCUUCGAAAUGAUACAUGCAGCCAUAUGUAGAAAAGGGAUUGUCAGAUAUAGGGAUGAGCUGUUUGCAAAUCUAGACGAUGCAGAGUUAGAGAGAAGAAUGGACUUCAUCAAGAGGAUGAUCUUUGCAACAGACUUACGGCUGAACAAAGAAAUAAUCGAUGUAUUUGAGGACAAGUAUUUUGAGAAGAGGAGGGGAGACUUGUGUAGGAAGGUCAGGAAUGGCAUUAAGGGGGAGAUCUCUGAGAUAGAGCUGAAAAUGAUUGUAAAGUUGGCAGAUUUGAGCUCAUGCUAUAAGGACUAUAGAAUUUUCAACAAGAACUCGAUCGCAUUCUGGUCAGAGGUGUAUGAUGAUGACGACUACAAUAGAACACUUAGGGAUAUAUACGAGGAUAUUAGUCUUAUGGAGAAAAUAUCGAUUCCUCUAGCUGAUUCAUUUUCUCUGGUAUUUGAGGAUUUUAGAUUUCUGUACAACCAGGCUCUCAUCAAUCUUGAAGAGCAUAAGAAAUAUUACAAGGAGGUUGAGAGAGAGCAUAGCACAAAACGAUCCUCAGCUGGAGAAGAAGAUGGUUUUGAAGCCAACACCCACUAA